AGUUAACAACCUAACUAGUUAUGCCUACUGUUGCCUUUUUCAAAAGUGUAAAAAAAGUUGUCUUUCCCAAAAGAGGGAAAUCGUUAGAGUUUAAUAAAUCAAAUGCAUCAGGAGCCUGGGAAGCUCCAUACUCUGUGAGCAGGUCACCCAGUGGUUCACUGGGCUUAAUUCGCCCUAAUAGGAUUACCAGGCGCAAGCUGGGAUGGCCAGGCAGCAUCUCAUCUACUCACAGCAGUAGCUGCAGGGAGCUAUUCACAGCUAUAUUUUAUCAUUAAUGUUUGCUUUCAUGGGAAUCUGCAAAUCUCACACGCUUGAUUACCAGUAAUCAGACCACCUAUGGGGUAAUGUGUGGAGAAUUUCAGCGGUAUAGCCAGUCAAAAUGGGUCUGCUGGAUAAACUAUCAGGCUGGCUCGGAUUGAGGAAGAAAGAGGUCAACGUUUUAUGUUUGGGACUGGACAACAGCGGCAAAAGUACCAUCAUCAACCAGCUGAAGCCGGCAAACCAUCCAAAUCACUUAGGUCCGUUGUCGCCAGAGUGGAAACAUGUUAGUCAGACACAGGCACAGGAGAUUGUCCCAACAAUUGGUUUUAGUAUUGAAAAGUUCAAGAGUUCAAGCCUGUCAUUUACAGUCUUUGAUAUGUCUGGACAAAGCAGAUACAGAAGCUUAUGGGAACAUUAUUAUAAGGAAAGCCAUGCUAUAAUAUUUGUAAUUGACAGCAGUGACAAGCUUAGGAUGGUUGUUACUAAGGAGGAGCUGGACACUUUUCUUAACCAUGAAGACAUUCGGGGGAAAAGGAUUCCUGUAUUGUUCUUUGCCAACAAGAUGGACCUGCAAGAUGCCAUGUCCUCGGUCAAAGUCUCGCAGAUGUUGUGUUUGGAGAACAUCAAGGACAAACCCUGGCACAUCUGUGCCAGUAACGCUGUCCGAGGAGAAGGCCUGCAGGAAGGCUUGGACUGGCUGCAAGGUACUUUGUCUGCUCAGCACACAGCACACAUUACAACAACAAAAAACAAUUUUCUAAACAUGUUUGUGUUCUUGUUUUUUUUAUACCUGUAGAUCAAAUUGCACAGUAAGUAUGGUCAUGGUCCUUGACUGUGGUUCUCGAUUUGACCUAUGCUUGAGUCUGAACAGGAUUCUGAACAGGAGAGGCCACACCCCCUUCCAAUUCUAUCAGCGACUGACACCCGAUGUUAGGAUGUCUUCACAUUGAUAACCCUUAUGUUGGAAUUACUAACCCAACUUUAUCUGCAACAAAAAAUAAAGGUUUCAAAAACAUUUUAUUAUGUUCAUAUAUUUGAACCACAACUGUCAUCAUUCUUUUCAAAUAGAUUGGUCAGUUUAGAAAGACUUAUAUAUAUUUUUUUUUAAAUAGAGAAUACUACUUAUAUUGUAAAAAAGAAAAUCUAUUGAAUUUAAAGAAAAAUGUCAAAAAAGUAAAAAAGAAAAUUGGUUAUACAAUCAUGUCACUCCAAGCCUCCACUAGAAAGAAUUCAUCUUUUUCAGACAAAGCUUUGACUGUAAACGUGUGCAGGGCUCUAUGGUCAUUGUGUUGGUAAUUGUUAUUUAUUGACACAUAUCUUUAAAACUGUAACCAGAUUUUCCAAAGAAGACAUUUUUCUUGCAGAUCACAUCAAGACGGCGAACAGAUGAAUGACCCUGCCUGACGAUGGAUCGCCUCUCCUUGCUUCAAGAACUCCUCCCACAUCCUGUCGUAGGCCUUAAAGCUUGAUAGCUCCGCGUUUCCUGUUCCUGCUACACUUUGAAGAAAAUCUACUGGAGCUGUAAUUUCUCCGAAUGAUCCUCUAAU